ACAUCCGGUUUAUGGUUACCACGGGAGACGGAGGGAAGCUACAGUUUGGAACGGCAAAUUAGAACUGUCCGUCUCCAAAAACCUUUAGUAUUAUUGGUUAUUCUCUGUAUUCUUCUUAGUGUUACAGUUGUGUUAGUCUGCAUUUAGUGUUUGCCAUCGGGGUCACGUGUUGUCCGUGUUCGCGUUUGGCUCUUCGCUAAUCAGCAGAAGCUAAUGUUAGCUAACAUUUAGAACGCUAGGCUAAAAACUUAGCUUAUUAAUGUUCAGUGGAGGAUAAAGCGGUAGAUAAUGGAUGGAUAGUGUUUGUUAAUAUGACAGCGCGGUAAGAAAUAUCACUGAAGUGAUAAGAAGACGUUUGUAAAGUUACCAACACCAUCAUGUUUAUUUACCUCAGCAAGAAGAUUGCUAUCCCCAACAAUAUUCAUCUAAAAUGUGUCUCAUGGAACAAAGAUCAAGGCUUCAUUGCCUGUGGAGGGGACGACGGUCUUCUAAGAGUACUAAAGCUUGAAUCUCAGACAGAUGAUUCCAAACUGAAAGGUCUUGCUGCACCCAGUAAUCUAUCAAUGAAUCAGACUCUAGAGGGACACAGUGGUGCAGUACAGGUGGUAACAUGGAACGAACAGUAUGAAAAGCUGACGACCAGUGACCAGAAUGGACUUAUCAUUGUAUGGAUGCUCUACAAAGGUGCAUGGUACGAGGAGAUGAUCAACAACAGGAACAAGUCUGUGGUGAGGAGCAUGAGCUGGAACGCAGAUGGUCAAAAGAUCUGCAUUGUGUAUGAAGAUGGAGCCGUCAUUGUUGGAUCUGUAGAUGGUAAUCGGAUUUGGGGAAAGGAGCUUAAGGGAAAUCAGCUUGCACAUGUGGCAUGGUCACCGGACAGCAAGAUCCUCCUCUUUGGCAUGGCUAAUGGGGAAGUGCAAAUCUAUGACAAUCAAGGGAACUUCAUAAUGAAAAUGACCAUAAGCUGCCUCAGUAAUGCACUUGGAGCUGUCAGUAUAGCAGGUAUUCACUGGUAUGCAGGCACUGGGGGUUACGUUGAGCCGGACUGUCCAUGUCUCGCUAUCUGCUUUGACAAUGGAAGGUGUCAGAUCAUGCGCUAUGAAAAUGAUGAAAACCCAGUUUGUCUUGACACUCUGAUGAAUGUGGUCAGUAUCCAGUGGAAUCACUGUGGCAGUGUUCUGGCAGUGGCUGGUUCUCUUAGAGCCGCAAAUACAGAGAAAGAAUUCAAUGUUGUGCAGUUCUACACACCAUUUGGAGAGCAUCUGAGAACUCUCAAAGUUCCUGGGAAGCAGAUGACAGGAGUCGCUUGGGAGGGAGGAGGGCUACGCAUCGGCUUAGCUGUGGACUCCUACAUCUACUUUGCAAAUAUAAGACCAGAUUACAAGUGGGGCUACUGUUGCAGCACAGUAGUGUAUGCCUACACAAAGCCAGAGCGUCAGGAGUAUUGUGUGGUUUUCUGGGACACCAAAAACAACGAGAAGUUUGUCAAAUAUGUCAAGAGCUUGAUGUCCAUCACAACCUCAGGGGACUUCUGCAUCCUGGCCAGCAAGGCAGAUGACACCCAGCCUCAGGAUGAUGCUGAGUUAGAGUCUGGGAAUCAUGCAAGGUAUGUCCUGAUUCUUUGCAACUCCAUUGGGACACCACUGGACUCAAAAUACAUUGACAUUGAUCCAUUGUUUGUCACCAUGACCAAGACACACGUCAUUGCUGCAUCCAAAGAGGCUUUUUAUCUGUGGCAGUACAGAGUGGCAAAGAAACUCACUGCCCUGGAGAUCAACCAAGUGACCCGAACAAAGAAGGAGGGAAGAGAGAGGGUCUAUCACAUUGACAUCAGUACAUCUGGAGUCAGUGACAGUGGUCCAGACUUUGCAAAAGCUUUCACAGCAACUCGAGAUCCCAUCUGUUGUAUUACAGCAACAGACAAGACCUUAAUUGUGGGCCGUGAGUCUGGCGUCAUCCACAGAUACAGUCUCCCAAAAGUUGACCUUGUGCAGAAAUACACUUUGAACAACAGAGCCCACUAUCUGUCCAUGAACUGCAAUUCCAGCCGUCUAGCAAUAAUCGACAUCGCAGGCGUGCUGACUCUGUUGGACCUGGAAGUUCGUUCCUCUGCAGCCGACAGCAGUGGGAACCAGGUGUCUGCAGGAGAUCCCUCUAAGUUUGAGCGCAAGGAUGUCUGGGACAUGAAAUGGGCCAAUGACAAUCCUGAUCUGUUUGCCAUGAUGGAGAAAACUAGGAUGUAUGUCUUCAGGAACCUAGACCCAGAGGAGCCCAUCCAAACAUCUGGAUACAUUUGCAACUUUGAAGACCUGGAAAUCAAAUCUGUCUUGCUUGAUGAAAUCAUGAAGGACCCUGAGAGACCUAACAAAGACAACCUCAUCAACUUUGAAAUCCGCUCCUUGAGAGACAGUCGCGCCCUGAUUGAAAAGGUUGGGAUUGAAGAAGCCUCUCAGUUUAUUGAAGACAAUCCUCACCCAAGACUCUGGCGUCUUUUGGCUGAAGCAGCUCUGCAGAAGCUUGAUUUGAAGACAGCGGAGCAGGCGUUCGUCCGCUGUAAAGACUACCAGGGCAUUGAGUUUGUCAAGCGCCUGGGCAACCUGCAGAGCGAGCCCAUGAAGCAGGCAGAGGUGGCAGCUUACUUCAGCAGAUUUGAGGAAGCCGAGCGGAUGUACCUGGAUAUGGAUCGCAGGGACCUUGCCAUCAGCCUCAGGAUCAAGCUGGGAGACUGGUUCAGGGUUCUUCAGCUUCUUAAGACCGGGUCUGGGGACAGUGAUGAUGCGCUGUUGGAACAGGCGUAUAAUGCAAUAGGAGACUACUUUGCUGACAGACAGAAGUGGGUCAAUGCGGUGCAGUACUACCUUCAGGGCCGUAAUCAAGAGAGGCUGGCAGAAUGCUACUACAUGUUAGAAGACUACGAUGGCCUGGAGAGGUUGACCACUGUGCUGCCAGAGAAUCACAAACUUCUACCAGAGAUUGGACAAAUGUUUGCCACUGUGGGUAUGUGUGAACAAGCUGUGAACGCUUACCUUAAGUGCAGCCAGCCCAAGGCUGCCGUUGACGCAUGUGUCCAUCUGAACCAGUGGAACAAAGCUGUGGAACUGGCCAGGACACACAACAUGAAGGAGAUAAAGUCUCUUCUGUCUAAAUAUGCCUCCCAUCUCCUGGAGAAGAACAAAACAUUAGACGCAGUGGAGCUGUACCGCAAAGCCCACCAUUUUCUGGAGGCAGCCAAACUCAUGUUCAAGAUAGCACAUGAGGAGUCGAAGAAAAGGACCAGACCUCUGCGCGUGAAGAAGCUCUAUGUGCUGGCAGCACGUCUGGUAGAAGAUUACCAUGAGCAGGUGAAGACGUCACAGCAGAGCAAAACCAAAGGGAAGAAGUCUGAGGCAAAAUUUGCACUUGCUGGGCUGCUUGAGGAGGAUGCUACCUCCUCAGACAAUCGCAUUGUGGACAACGCAUGGCGUGGAGCUGAAGCUUAUCACUUCUUUCUGCUUGCACAAAGGCAACUCUAUGGCGGCUACAUGGAGAAUGCCAUGCGCACAGCCAUGCACCUGCGUGAGUAUGAGGACAUCAUCCCAGCAGUGGAGAUCUACUCUCUGCUCGCCAUUUGCUCCGCAGCGAACCGAGCAUUCGGCACAUGCUCACAGGCUUUUAUCAAACUGGAAUCUCUGGACAGACUAGAGCCUGAGCAGCGGCAGGCGUACGAGGAUCUGGCCCUGGAGAUCUUCACCAAGCACAGCCCAAAGGACAGUCGCAUAGUGGAGAGGGAAGGAUCCUCAGAGGGGCCUGAAGGAAAGUUACCCACGUGCAUCGUGACAGGUCUGCUGAUCCAGGAGUACCAGUUCUGGAUGUGCAGUGUGUGUAAACACUGCGCCCUAGAGCAGGAGAUAAGCAAAUACAACUGCUGCCCACUGUGCCACAGUCCAAUAGUGUGAAGCACAAUGCCUUGUUUUGUUUUGUUGUUCCAUCAAAUGACUUCAUUCCAGACAAGAAAAAACACAUUUCAAAGAUUUUUUAUGUUCUUUUCCUCACAUUUGUUUGUGAUUUUGAUGGAACAUAUGAACAAAAACAUUAUUUGUUGUAAUUAUUUCUUGAAUAGGCAGCCAUGAAACAAGCACCUAGGCAGUCAGAAGAAUAGACUAUGUCAUACACAAAGCUUUAGCUUGUAUUAUAUUCCAUGUUUUUUAUGACACAAGUUAGAUGCUAUGUAGUGAUGAGUUUUCAUGUUGCAAUUAAAUUAAUACUUUUUUUUAAACAAACAUGUACUCAAUUGUUAUACAUAUUUGCUCAAAGUGUCCCGUUAAGGUACAUUACAACAGGAAUUAAUCAUAAAUGAAGUAUGGAAAAUAGAAUGACAACAUUUUCAUUGAAUGACGGCACUAAAAUGAACAAAAUCAUGAUUUUUAAAUAUUUUAUUUAAUUACUUCCACCAUUAAAGUCUACACUCUAGACCAUAAUAUUUUCAUAAAAUACAAGUAUAAAUGUACUGUACAUGUUUUGUUAGCUAUUUUUAUAACAAAAAGUCCUUGACUGAAUAAACAUGUAUGUCUAAAACUGUGUUUUAAUAGUUGUCUUCUUUUACCAGCUCAUCAAGUCCAUUUUCAAAACCUGGAACUGGAGUGAGAGUGUCCAGAGAUUUGCCUUUAUAUGUAUAUAUAUAUAAUAUAUAUAACUUACAUGUGGAGACAGCCCCCAAGUGUAGUGUGUUUACAGACUCUUAUCUGCUCAUCUGUCUCUGAUACAGUCUUCUGCUAUCUGAUGUCAGUAAAUGCAGCAGUGAGAAGACAACAGAACAUGCUGUACAGCUGAAUAAUAAAUGCUCUUCCCUCA